AAUGAAAUUACGAUCUAUUAGCACUAUUGAUCAUCCAAAAGAAUUCUUGUUUCCUAUUGAACCAGAUCUAUCAGCCUCAAUGACUGUAACCAAUUCAAAGAUUUAUCAAAUAUAUUAAAAAAAUAGGCAAACAACUCCAAAAAGAGAUCCUUUAUAAUCUUAAUUCAAUUUUACUAAUACUUUUAGGUUUGAAAAUAAUGGUUAAAUCUCUCCAUUAAGAUUAUAUCCUGAAAAAGCAGAAUUGAUUAAUUUAUCUUCUAAACGAUCCUUAACCCCCUCUUCAAAACCUCAACAAAUUAAAGUAAAAGGGUUCACUGAUAAAUUUAAUGAAAUUUAACUAAAAAAAACUUUGAGACAUCAAGGAGUCGGGAUUGUUUAUUGCAGAUAAAACUAUAAUAAAAUCAAUAAUAAAGGUGAUGGAACUGGAGAAAUUAUGCUUGAAGACAUUUAAAAUCUCAAUAAUGUCAAAUAACGACUGAAAACCUUUGGACUAGAAUUAGAAAAUGAAGGAAUACAUCAUGGAGUUAAACAUAUAAUCUCUGAAAAAUUUGCAAGGAUAUUAUAAACUGAAAAAAACAAAACAUCCAGAAAUUAACACAAUUACUUUAGAGCAUGA